AUGCUAGGCCAGAACAUCCACCAGGAGGGCGUCGAGGUCCUAGGAGACAUGGACAAGUUCGUCGCAUACUGUGCGAUCUGGCGACGAGUUUUGGAGCUUAGCUGGCGGGCUUUACACGGCGAGUUUCGCGAAGACGAACCCCCGACACCACCUCUCCAUGAUCCCAUCGUUGGGCGCUACAUCAUUGUAUCCCCUCUGGGCUGGGGCAGUACGAAAAUAUUCUACGAACAAAGCGGCGAUGGGAAUAAUCCCCAUAUGCUGUUUCUCCACACGGCUGGCUCGGAUUCGAGGCAGUAUCAUGGGGUAAUGACGGAUCCGAGAAUGCUGGCGAAGUGUCACAUGACAGCAUUUGAUCUACCUGGUCAUGGUCGUAGCUUUCCUUCCGAAAAGCAGAUUCCUGGAGCCCACACGAAUAGCGAAGACGUCUAUGUUGAUUGCAUUGGGCAAGUCAUCAAGGCCCUUGGUCUCAAGAAGCCUAUCGUGUGCGGUGCUAGUAUGGGAGGGCAUGUCUGCCUUGCGCUUGCAUUGAGGACGGCUGAGGUUGGCGUAGGCGGCGUUAUCCCUUGCCAAGCCUGCGAGUUUACGGACAUGAAGCGGCAGUGGUGGGAUCGCUCCUUACUUGUGAACCAGUCACUCUUCAACCCCGAAUGGACGUAUGGCAUGAUGGCACCCAAUGCGCCGCGCAUCAAUCGCGACCUCGUAUGGCACACUUACUCAUCCCAAGCGUUCGGUCUGUUCCAUGGUGACCUGGACUUUUACUUUGGAGGCUGGGAUGGUCGUGAGCGUGUCUGCAAGAUUGACACCAAAAAGUGUCCUGUUUACUUACUGACGGGAGAAUACGAUUGGAGCACAACACCCGAGUUGACGGAGAAGACUGCUGCUAAAAUACCAGGGGCAAAAUACAAAAAGAUGCUUGGUCUCGGUCAUUUCCCAGCAACCGAGAAUCCGACACGUUUCGUGCCGUAUCUUAUUGAAGCUAUCAACCAUAUUUUAUCCUCUACAGAGAUGGACUCCGCCACCUUUUCGCCUCGGGAUUUCAACAAUACAUCAACGCCAGUAUAA